UUGUAAUGGAAAAAGAUCUUAAAUUACAUACGGCUAAUGAAUCUGGAAGUUUUCUUAAAAGCGUUAUCGUAUCUGUACUGUCUGGUGGUACAGCAGCAUCUCUUAGUAGAACUGUAACCAGUCCUCUGGAACGGAUGAAGAUCAUUUUUCAGGUUCAAAGUAAUAAAGAAUAUAAUAGCAUGUUUGCUACAGUUGCCAAAAUAUGGAAACGGGAAGGCAUUCUUGGUUUUUUUCGUGGAAAUGGAACGAAUUGCUUAAGGGCAUUUCCUUACGGCGCAGUUCAGUUUGCAACUUACAGUGGAUUAAAGCAACUCACAUUGCAGAAAUCGGAUAGAAAAGAUUUGAGUAAUUAUAAAAGACUAAUUUUCGGAGCCAUUUCAGGAGCUGCAAGUGUUAUUAGCACUUAUCCACUGGACAUUGCUAGGACAAGACUCUCAAUUCAGACGGCGGGUUUAAUCAAAGAUAAUAUGACCAAUGGUUGCAAUGCUCAGUCAUUAAACCUUAUGUCAACUUUAAGGACUAUUUAUCGCAAUGAAGGAGGGAUUUCCGCAUUUUACAGUGGUCUUCCAGCGACACUACUUAAUGUGGUACCCUAUGUAUCUAUUGUAUUUUUCACUUAUGAAUGGUGCAAAGAGUAUAUGUUUUCUGGUAGAGAUCUCAACAGCUUAGAGAAACUUUCUCUAGGCGGGUUUAGCGGGUUCAUAGCUCAAACAUUUGCAUUUCCAGCCGAUGUUCUUCGACGAAGAUUUCAAGUAAACCGGAUACCUGGCAUUGGCUAUCACUACUCAAGUAUAUCAGAUGCAAUAGCGCAAAUUUACAGCAAGGAAGGCCUUUUUGGUUUCUUCCGGGGAUACUUCAGUAAUUUAUUGAAAAUUAUCCCCGUCAUGAGCGUUACUUGGUAUACAUUUGAAACAGUGAGUAAAGUGUUUUCAAACGUGUAGGAAAAGGUAAACGAUGGAGUAACUAUUUAAAGACAUAAUGCUUAUGCCAUACGCAGUGAUUCUUAGGUUUAACGAUUAUAAGUGUAAAUGAUUUUUUAGAAAUAAGUCUUGAUUAAUGAAUGUACGUUAAGAAUAAAUCAUGAGAUUAAUC